AUCACAGAAUAUGCCCUCCUUGGCGUUGGACUGUUCUAUGGCUUUCCUGUACUGGGAAUGUUCUCUUGAUGGCGGCUGUGAUAGUGAUGGGGGUUUAUGGCCUGAGGUGCAUUUCCUCAGUAGGCUCUCAAAACUCCCAGGAAAUGACCGGAAUUUCAAAUGCACAUCAAUGCAAACAAGAUGAAAACAAAACAAAUAAAGAAUUAGAAAAACUCCGGACUUUUCUAAGGCAACAUUUGUGUGAGGCUACAAAUGCAUCUACAGAGAAUGGAUCCUGCAGUGUGUGCCCUGUAACAUGGCUUCCGUAUGAGGACAAAUGCUACUGGUUUUCUACUUCAGCUCAGACCUGGGACCAAAGCAAUGAGGAGUGUUUGGCAAAAAGAUCUCAGCUAUUAGUGAUUUCUAGUAUAGGAGAGCAGGAAUUCAUCAAAAACAAUACAAAAACAGAGAGCCCUACAUGGAUUGGGCUCAAAUUAAAAUUGCCAGAGAAGAAGUGGAUGUGGGUCAACGGCUCACCAUUAAACCAUACACCAUCCCGACACUCAAUAGCUGUCUGUGGUACUAUAGGAAAGAAGGGAAUUGCAUCUGAUAUCUGCAGUGUGGACCUUAACUGGAUUUGUCAGAAACCAUCUAUAUUCAUCUAAAGAUU